UGCUUCUUGUUGGUGUGUUGAUACUAAUCCUCAAUGGUAAUGGUAAUAGCAUGGUAGAGGGGAACACACAUGUAAGGAUUAUGAAUGAACUGGAGCCGGUGUACUUGAAUCUGACGGCUCAUUGCAAAUCAAAAGACGAUGACAUAGGGACCAAAGUGGUGGGCUAUGGAGAGUGGUUCGAGUUCGAUUUCAAGCCAAACAUAUGGGGCACUACUCUCUUCUUCUGUUCCAUGAGCUGGGACCAAGCCACCCCUCCUCGCUAUUUUGACAUCUACCGAAGCAGUAGAGACAAGGAUAGAGGCAGCCUUUGCUGGUGGAUGAUCAAAGUUGAUGGUCCUUGUAUGCUCAAUUGGAAAACUAGGGAUUUUGAUAUUUGUUAUCCAUGGAAGAACACCUAGUCUCUUCAUUAAUAUUCAUACCAUAAUAAUAAUAAUAAUAAUAGUCUUUUUUGUUUUCUUUUUUCUUUAUUAGUUCAUGUUUGUGUCACCCAAAUAUAUAUUUCUUCUCGAAUAAAAAUCUUUUGUUUUCUAACUACACGUCUCUUGUACAUUUCAUUUCUCUCUAGCUUAAUUAUGCUAAUUGUUUUUUCAUUAAAAUGACCAAAUUUCAAUUAUUAGAAUCGUGAAGUACGUUGGUUAUAAUAUAAGGUGGACUUUCUUUUAACCAAAUAGCUUCGCUUUUUAUAGGGUUUAUACUUUAUUUUGUUCUAUUUUAACUAUUUUAUAUGUAGUGCAUAUCUAGAUAAACCAUGUUUAACCUCGUUUUCUAUCUGUAGUUCAUUGGUCA